AUGGACAUUAAAAAUUUAUUCUAAAUUAAAAUGCUCUCGAUUCUUAAAGAACAUUCAAAAAAAAUUUCAACUUUAAAAUUCAGAAAUGAUAAUUUAGUUUUAGUUUCAGGUAGCUUGAAUAAUAUUAUUUGUCUCUGGAAUUUACUAAAUUUAUAAUUAAUAGUUAAAUUGACAACUCACUUAGAUCAAGAUUUAGAUCUUGCAUUUUCAUCUGAUGGAUAGCAAAUGGCAACUUCCAGUUUAGAUAAAACAAUUAUUUUUUGGAGUAUGACUAACUUGGAUAAACCAAAAUUUAAAUGACAUUAUAACAGCAACUUGGAGCUCAAAAGAUUAUUUAUUGUCCAAAUAAAUAGAUCUUGGUAUCAUUAUAUGGCUCAACUUCUAAUGAGGUAAAAUUUUGGAAUUUUGCUGAACUUAAUUUGAUUUCAAGUUAUGCUGUUGAAGCAUAAUUUACUGAUAUAAAUUUUUGUGAUAAUGGAGAGAUAUUGAUAUCCUUUAGCUAGGAUAGAAUUCUUAGAAUAUGGAAAAUAAAUCAAUAAUGCUUGGAUAUUGAUAAAUAAAUCAAGAUUGAUGAAGGAGGACGACUUUAUAAAGUGUAUUAUUAGAAUAGUUAAAAUAUUAUUGCUCAUAUUAGAUUUAAUGUUUAUCAACUGGAAAUAUAAAUUGAAUAAUCCUUAAAAAAAAAAAAAGUUUUCCCUUUUCAGUGGAUGCCUAUUGUAUUUCAGUAUCUUAAAAUAAUAAAAUUAUCGCUCUCACCAAUAGAGUUUUUAAUAGAAUAGAGAUAAUAGUUAUUGAAAGUCACAAUAAUAACACUAAUAUUCAUUUUGAAGAGAAAAAUUAUAGCAAAGACUUUUAAUUUUCCCCUGAUUCCUCACUCUUAGCUUUUGCAACAAAUAAGGGAGCAUUCAUCUAAGAUAUUAUAACAAGUUAAAUAUUGUAGAAUUUUUAAGUGA